AUGGUAGAAUCCAUUCACAAUAUUCCCACUUUGAUAAAUCAGUUUAUCGCGACGGUGGAUACAGAUCUGGAGGUUUCGUCGACUUAUUCAGAGCAAUUGGCAGAGUUAAUAGUAGAAGGAGAACUUACUCUUUUACAGUUUAUCCAGAAGUUGGGCCCAUCGUUAACUUCUGAUACAGAUGCCAUUCGUUCCAGAUCUGUUAACUGUCUUUCGUCCACUUUGGGUCUGUUAAAUGGCUCCAGCAAACUCACCAAACAGGAUGUCAAUGUCAUUGUAGAUUUUCUCUUGUCCAAGUUAGAUGACAAGGCAUGUUUGCAGUAUCUGUUAGCAGCGCUCUCUACGUUAGUCAAGUUCCGCAACUUUGUUCCCAGUUUGAAUGACAACUUGAAGCGGUUGCUUAAUGCUGUUAUCUCGGAAUAUGACCCAAAGAAGAACUUGGCCAGAACUAGAUACGAAUCGUUCAAUAUUUUGUCGAAUACUCUUUCAGCCCAUAAAGACUACUUGAUUACUCAUCAGGAUUUGGGUGAUUUGUUUGUCAAGAACUUCAUUCAUGUAGCUUCGGGUGAAAAGGAUCCACGGAACUUGUUGGUGUCGUUUGAGUUGAACACAGCAAUCAACCAGAUAUUUACAUUUGAUGAAACGAACGAACUUCACAAAGAAUUCCUUACAGAUUUGUUUGAUGUAGCCUUCUGUUACUUCCCCAUCUCGUUCACUCCGCCUGCGAAUGACCCUUACAAGAUCACAGCUCAUCAGUUGAAGGAGAAGUUGAGAGCUACCAUAAGCUCGCAAACUCUCUUUGCUAAGGAUUCCUUUUCAAAUUUGAUUGAAAAGUUGACUUCAACCAACCCUGUUAUUAGGAACGAUGUCUUAAAAACAUUACUUCAAUGUGUAGAAAAUUAUUCACGUGAAACAGUAGAAGAGUACUGGUUAACUCUUUGGAACGCAUUGAAGUUUGAAAUUUUGCACAAUGAUGUAUCCAUUUUCAAAUCUCAUUUGAAUGAAAUUAUUCCCUCAGAGUACGAAUCCAAUAUCGAUGAUAAUGAUGAUAACAAAACUUUGAUCUUGACUUUGGUCAUCAUCUCGGAAUUAUUCCAAAAACUCGAAGAAAGUUCCAGCACCAUCCAAGAAACUAUCAUUGGAGAUUUGAAAGAAAAUUUAGUUAGUAUCAAAGACAAAUCGAAGCAGUCGAUUAUAAUAUUGGCAGCAAUUGCAUCUCAGUCGAUACAUUCUUUCAAUAAAGUGGUUGAAUUUGUUUUUUCUUACGGGAACUGGGGUAAGUAUGUCAAUGUGGAAAACCCUUCAACCGAAGCUGAGGCUAUAGAAAUCGAUACCAACGAAGAUUUGGUAUUGAACAUAGCCAAGCAACGUGAUUUGGUUGACAAUCUUGGCUUUAUUUUCACUUCUUAUUUUCAAUUAUUUGAAAAAUUGGAUAAGAAUGAAGUCAAUGUGUUUGCAGAGAACAACAAGUUGGUUGACUUCAAAGACCAUUUGUUGAUAUUCUUGGGUCAACUAUUGACCAACUCUUCAAGCAUGGAGAAAACCUUGAAAUGUAAAGUUAUUCAGCAGUUGACCAAAUUGGUUACUCUACCUCUAUUCUUGAACCAGAACGAAAAUGAAUUAAUUUUCAGCUACUUUAGGGAUGUUAUCAUCGGAGUGAUUUCAAGUAAUACUUUGAAUUGGGAAAAGGAUAUUGUUUUGAAGGAAGCUAUUUCUGGUUCCAUUUACGCGAUUGAUAAUGACAAAAAGAUUGACUUAGCUAUUCGAUUGAUCAUCACCAAUUUGCUCGACUUACUUGAAAACACAACUGAUUCGGUCACGUUCAACAAAAUCCUCGACAUAAUUGGAGACUUGUGUAUUAAUUAUAGAAUUUUAGAAAUGUUGUCGGUAAGGUUGUUGAACAGGUUGAUCGCUAUCAGCCAAUCAGAUAAAGAUAUUGAGAUUAAAGUCAACUUGUUCCAAAAUAUAGUGGAAUCUUUAACCAAGUGGUUUACAAAAGUUCAGACUUCAAAGCAAUUUUUGACCAAUUCAUGGUAUCAUAAUUUCCUUCCCAAGUUCUUCGAGAGUGUGUUCAGGUUAUUGACAUUACAUCCGGAUUAUGUUCUUGUUGAGUUAUGCGGUGACUUGGUAGGUUUGAUUGUGAAAUUCAUUGACCAAUCUAAACAUCAAGAAAUACUCGAUGAUUUCGUUGAAGCGUUUUUCACUAGCGCAUCGUCCAAAAUUAUUGGAUUCGAAAGAAAUGCUUUGGAUGAGGCUGUUCCUGCAAUAGGGAUUUUCAAUAAAGCUAUUGCCAAUGUUGACAAAGCAGUCAAGAUUAAGACAUUUUCGCCUGCAGAAUAUUUAUCUAAGGUGUGUGAUGUCAUCUACACUGUGGAGGACGAUCAGUUCUUGAGAAUACAAUAUUUGCAAACGUUGGCUAUUUUAGUCAACAAGUUCGCUGAAGAUGAGUCUGCUAUUGAAGGCAAGAUGGGAGAGUUUAUUGGCCACUUUACCCAAUUGACACUGAAUUCCAAGCUUUCCCAGAAAGAUUACAUCACUUUCGAAAUUCUUAUUUGGUACAUAAAAGCCUUGGUACUCAAGGUCCACAAGUUGGGAUUUGAAUAUGUCAAUAAUUUGGUACAAUUGCUAUCGACUUCUUCAAACUUGGAAACCAAAGAAUUAGUAGGUAGAUCGUUAAUGAUUUUGUUCACUGAUUUAAAGGUAUUCACAAAUCAGACUCCAGGUAUUAAAAAGGUUAUUUCGAAGGUUACCAAUUUGAAUGUGAAGUUACUUUACAAGCAACGUAUAUUUGAAGUCAUAUUGCCAGCGCUUGUUGAUAACCACAAGAACUCUGAGAACUCGGAAAUAUACUUGAACUCCUUGUCGUUGAUCUUGAAAAACUUGUCACGUUCUAUCUUGGUAAGCCACUUGAAAGAGAUUCUUCCUUUAGUGUUGACAAGCUUGACGUUGCCUAAGUCCAGACUUAAUCUGACUAUAUUGAGAUCUUCGUUGAAUACCUUGUUCAUCAUCAUUGAGGAGGAUCAAUCUAUAGUGGAAGGCUCUCUUGCCAAAUUGAUACCAAUAUUGUUAACCUUGGCAACAGGGAAGAUUUUUUACAGGAAGAAAUUGAUCAAUACCGAGGAGAUAAGAAUUUUGGCAUUGCAGAAUCUCAUUAUUAUCUUCGAGAAGUACAGAGACUUGGCCAGGUUCAAAAAGCAAACGCUUUCUAGCUUGGUGCCAGGGUUAGACGAUAAGAGAAGAAACGUACGUAAGUUGAGUUGCGACUUACGGCAAAUCUUGUACACACUAGACUAA